AUGUACAGUACAGGAAUCUCUGUUUCUCUUCAGAUCACCUUCUUCGAGGAGAGAAACUUCCAAGGCAGCUCGUAUGAGUGCAUCAGUGACUGCUCAGAGAUUGCCUCUCACCUGAGCCGAUGCAGCUCCUGCAGGGUGGAAAGUGGAUCCUUCAUGGUCUACGACCAGCCAAACUUCAUGGGCCAGCAGUACCUCCUGACCCGGGGAGAUUACCCCGAGUAUCAGCAAGCCAUCGGCUUCAGUGCCUGCAUUCAGUCCUGCCGUCUUGUCCCUGCGCACCAGGGACCCUUCAAGAUGAGGAUCUAUGAGAAAGCGAACUUUGAAGGUCAGAUGCACGAACUGACCAAUGACUGCACCUCCAUCCAGGACAGCUAUCACAUGUCGGACAUGCAGUCCUGUAAUGUGAUGGAUGGAUACUGGUUGAUGUUUGAGCAUGGAAACUUCGAAGGCAGGAUGUUUUAUCUCCGGCCUGGAGAGUACAGAAACCUCAGAGAAGUCUGCAGAGAUAACGGGAAAGUUAACUCGAUCAGGCGCAUCACAGAGUCUUAA